AUGUGAGUUUUUGGUAGUUUCACUUCUCUCUAGUGUUUCCAUUAUUCUUUUCUCAGUGGGUUGUGUCUCUAUGAGAGUUUUGCUACGGACUGAUAGCGCAUCUAGGAUGGCAAGUUUGGCGGUGAUUCUCGGUGGCAGUGGGGCAGUGGCUUGGAAUGGAGAAGGAGCAAAGGGUGGCUAUAGCAGAUGUCGGGCGAUGGUUGAUGAUAGAUGCGGUUUGUCUGGGAAGAAGGCGGUGGGCGGUGGGCGGUGGCUGCUGAUGGGUGCGAGUUGAGCAACACCAUGGAGAAGUACUGUGUAUUUUUCAUCAAAAAACCCUCAUUUGUGAGGUAGUAAUUGGCAAAUCUUGAGAAUCCUGAAUAGAAGUUUUAAGUAUUA